AUGCCGACGGCGUGGCCGGCGACGGGACGGUGCGCGGUCGGCGGGUGCGGGACGGCGGGGGAGUACGCGUGGGCGCGCGCGGCGACGAAGUGGAACCACUCGGGCGACGAGUUCGCGGGAAACGGGUCGUGCUUGGCGAUAUGGCGGCUGCGUGGGGAUGAAGCGACGGCGUGUGCGGUGUUCACGGCGAACGCGGACAGGCGAAGCGCGCGGGGAGGGAUGGAGGAGGAGAAGACGCUCGCGCCGUUCGCUCGCGUGCGCGCGCUCGACGGCGGCGAAGGAUUGGAGUACGUGACGAUUGCGAUUAAUUUCGACGAAGAGUACGCGGUGCUGGAGCGAAAGGCGUGCGCGUUCACGUUGGAUGAGCGUGGGCGGACGCGCGUGCGCGCGAUCGAGGCGACAUCGUUGAGGGUGGAUUUGGGAUGGAUGCCGCGAUUCGGCGCGGUGCGAGGUCGAGCGCUCGAGCUGGCGGCUCGAGCGAUGCCUACCGUGCCGUCGUGCGCGAUUUCGAGUCAAUUCAUCGUCGUCGUUUGGCUCGACGGCGAGCGCCCGGUGCACGUGAUCGACUCCAGGGCUGAGGGGUCGACAGACUCGCGACGGGGCUUGCUCGAGGCGUUGCGCGUCAACGUGGAGGCGUGCCUCGCGAAUCCCGACGCGAAGACGUCGAGAACGGUUUUAGACGUCACCACGUACGACGGCGAUGCGUACGUCAUUGUGGUCACACGCGAUGCGCCGACGCCGCAGAAAUACGCACCGACGCCGCGCGAGGAGGAUAUACAUUGCAAAGUCUUCGCGAUUCCCACCGGUUUUCGCAGCGCCAAGCCGUCCGAGACGACGACGGAGACGACCCCGUUGAUUGAUUUAGACGACGAACUCGUGACGCGCGAUGAGUCGUGCACGAUUUGCCUUGAUGUGUUAUCGGGCGAAGCCGCUCGCGCGCCGUGCUGCGGGGCGUCUUUCUGCGAAGACUGUCUCGCGUCGUACGUCGCGCUCUCAGCGGCGAAAGGGUGUCCGAUGUGUCGCGACGUCGACGUCUUCUUGACGUCUCGUCGACCGCAUUCGGCGUGGGGGCGGGCGUUGACCUCGUUCGAGCUCGACCUCCCGUUCCGCGCGCGUCAGCAAUUGAAAAAGUAUCGCGUUCUCGAACAAGUUUUAGAUGGAGACUACGCGACGCUCGACGAUUUCCACCUCACGGGCGACCGGACACCGUUCGCGCUCGAAAACGGGCGCGCGCUCACCUUAGCCACAUCCUCCGACUCAAACUUCGAAGGCGUCGAAGUUCGCGAGCUCGUGAUCGAUUAG